UCGUUGUUAUUGAAAACGAGGCGUGUCCGUCUCGUUGUAAUGACCUUGAUCUAGGCCUACGUGUUUCUUGUUUCACUUGAUCAAUCAAGUAAUUUCGACUGCCAAGAACAGCUAGAUUGCGUAGAGCAACAGUAUCGAAGCGUUUUAGAUGUCAGUAGUAAUUUUUAGAAAACAGCAGCAAAGCUGAUGAGAUUGAAACAGAAGUGAGUUUAACAUCAACUGAAGAGGACAACAUUGUUAUUGAGCUCAGCAAUCAAGAACAGGAAAAUACAGAAAUGUCAAAAAGACCAGGAAUCAAUGAUAAUCUGAAAAAGCUGAGGCAGGCAGAAAGAGAGAAAAGACAUAAAAUAGUAUUAUGGAGAAAGCCUAUAGUUACGCUGAAAUAUUUCCUAUUAGAGUCAUUAAUACUACUUGAAAAAGAAAGAAGGAAUAUCAUGAAGCACAAGAAAACAUGCACAACAUUGGUAUUGCUAAGCCUUGCAGUCAUAGCUGGGUAUUUACUAGAAGGACCUCACCAGUUUUAUGUUGUUGCAAUGAAGCAGCAGUUGUUCUGGUGUGGUUACUGGAUAGGACUUGGAAUAUUAUCGUCAGUCGGUCUUGGCACCGGCCUACACACCUUUUUGCUGUAUUUGGGCCCGCACAUCGCUCAAGUGACAUUAGCAGCAUGGGAAUGUGGUUCUUUGAAUUUUCCCGAGCCACCUUACCCAAACGAAAUUAUCUGCCCUUCAAAUGGUGUGGCUUCAACGGUAAACAUUUUCACAAUAAUGAGCAAAGUGAGGCUGGAAGCUGUCAUGUGGGGUGCCGGUACAGCCCUUGGGGAAUUACCACCUUACUUCAUGGCCAAAGCGGCUCGCCUUUCUGGAACAGAAGUAGAUGAUGAAGAAUUAGAGAAACUUGAAGAAAUCAUUUCAUCAGAGGGGAAGGACAUCUUUACAAGAAUAAAAAGAUUUGUUCCAGCCUUGGUAGAGAAAGUUGGAUUCUUUGGUAUUUUAGCGUGUGCUUCGAUUCCCAAUCCAUUGUUCGAUUUGGCUGGGAUAACAUGCGGUCACUGUCUGGUACCCUUCUGGACAUUUUUUGGAGCAACGCUGAUUGGCAAAGCAAUUAUUAAAAUGCACAUUCAGCAAACGUUCGUGAUACUCUGCUUCAGCAAGUCGUAUGUUGAGUUUGUAGUCCAACUUUUGGGGCAAAUCCCUUUCGUUGGAGUUUACAUUCAGGCACCGUUUAAGAAAGCUGUUCAAGUACAAAAGGAAAAGCUGCAUAGAAAAUUGGGUCAAGAGACCUCAGCCCAGGGGGGGAAUAUUCUUGGAUUUAUCUUUGAAAAGUUGGUGACAUUGAUGAUAAUCUAUUUUGUAUUAUCAAUUAUCAAUUCAAUGGCUCAAUCCUAUGCAAAGCGAAUCGACGAGCAAGGUCGGCAGACUGUGAACAAUGACAGCAAGAGUAAAUAGUUGUGGUAAUUAUCAUAAUCAAGAUUGAAAUAAUGUUCAAGUGAAAACUAGCUUUUAUGAUCAAUUAGUUUUUUCUCUAUUUCAAA